GACUUGAAUAAUGGAGGCGACAGCCGAGUACGACUUUCAGGCCACUGCCGACGACGAGCUUUCCUUCUCUCAAGGUCAAGCGAUCAACAUACUGCAGACUGAGCGGGAUGCCAAUUGGUACAAUGCCGCACUCAACGGACAGGUCGGCUUCGUCCCCAAAAACUACAUCAAAAUGAAGAAAGCCAACUGGUAUUAUGGCAAGAUAUCACGUGCCAAAGCGGAGGAACUGCUUGCCGAUCAGCCUUACAACGGUGCUUUUCUAAUCCGAGACUCGGAGACAAUCAUGGAACCAGGAUCCUACAGUCUGUCGGUCAAGUUCGAAGGUCAAGUGCAACACUUCAAGAUCUUGAAGGACAACGACUAUAAGUUCUACAUCUGGAUGACCAAGUUUGACAGUCUGAACAAACUGGUGGAACAUCACAAGAAAACCAGCAUAUCCAGAGUGUGCAAGAUCAUGCUGAAAGACAUGGUAGCAGACGAGAAGCAACAACAGCAGCACAAUCUGCAACACAUGCAACAACAGCCGCCAUUGCAACAGUCACAGAACAAUCACCUCAUGCAGAAUCAAAACCAGCAGCAGCCCAGGACUACAACAGUCCAGGCCCUGUUUGACUUCCAGCCAGACGAACAGGGAGAACUCGGCUUCAGAAGGGGCGAGGAGAUAGAACUGUUAGACUGGAGUCACUCAGAGUGGUGGAAAGGACAACUUCACGGGCAGAUAGGAUACUUCCCCAAGAACUACGUUAGACAGACCACCACAGCAACGUCCGCUGCACCUAACAAUAUAGGGCAACCAUAUUACUCCUAGAAGGCACAACAUCCCUGGUACUCAUAGGAGCUCCAACAUCCCUGUAACUCGUAGGAGUCACGCGAGCUGUGAUCUUGUCUGACUAUCCCUGGUAUUUCUAAGAGCCACCAUAAUCCCAUAAUCUUCCAUAACAUCCCUAGUUUCCCAAGGAGACGCAUCAUCACUGGUUCUGCAACCAACAAUGAGAACCACAACAUCCCCGUUAAUUCUAGCCUCCUCAGCUCUAAGUGCUCUAGCAAAUCAUCUACUCCUUCACGUCUAUCUUUACGAACAAGCCAAUCCAGCGCUACACAUCAAAAAAGCAAAUGUCAAAAACAUCACGUAACCAAUUUGAAAACAGCCAACAAACAGCAAAACAGAUCGAGCCAAUACGUAAUAGAGUUCGACAGAUCUAAGAAUUUUUUGUAUACAUUUUUGAAGUACGAGAUUUCAGCAGAACUAGGUAAAAAAUUUAUGAUUACUUAUUUAAUAUUGAGCUAACUGUCGAAUUCAUCCGAACUUAAUAUGAAAUGGAGACUAAAUUAGCUACAGAUGGAGUUAUUUAAAAAUAGAUAAUGUAUAAAAUUAGAAAGAUCGAGAAAUUUGAUUUCUGACAGUUUUGUUUAAAUGGUUUCUGAAUGACUUCAUUGUGCUAUGUUAAACUUAGCCAAUACUGAAUGUCGUUGUAAAUACAACCAAAGAUAGAAACUUUAGACAAUAGUCGAAAAUUUGAUUUCUUAGGUUUUCAUUUGCACAUGAAAACUCUAUAGACAUUUGUAAACAAAACAAAGUAGUUCGGAUUUUUGAAGUCCGAAUUGUUUAAAAAUAGUAUCGGCUUCUGACAUUGCACGCGAUUCAAUUGAAAUUCCUCUCUGUCCGAAGCAAUUUAAGGGUGAGGAGGGUGGUUUGAUGAUUAAUUCAGGAAAAAACUUAUUUUUACAACUUCAUUCAAACUAUCUUUGUUAUACCAUAAUGUUUGUUGUCAUUCGAAUGUGAUAUGAAAUAUCCGUGCUGUUAGUUUCUAAUAGUUAUUGUAUCCAUUGUAGAUGAUUUAGAGUUUGAUAAUUUUAGUUAAUAACAAUUUAUUUUGCCGCUUCCGAUUCGCAGUUGCCUUUUAUCAAUCAAUCACAACAAUUUAAUAUCUUUAUGUGGCGAAGUUAAAGCUGUAAUUUUACUGUGGUCUUUAGUAGAAGGUUUAUUUACAGGUACAUAAUUGGAAUGAGUGUUUUAACUUCGUUUCUCUUUUGUUGUAAUUCUGCUUCAUCAUCAUCUUAGUCUAGCAAUUUUUCUCAAUUUGAUUUGACACUAUCAUUCAGCGUAAUUGGACUCUUCUGACAUACAAAAAGACCGAUCUGUCAAUAAAUCGAGUCUAAUUGAAAUAAUUAAUCAGAUUCGAAUCGAUAAAUUCAAAUUAAAAAUGGCUCGUAAUCAGGGCAUGCGAAUCGAUAUACUAAGAGGAAUACAGCUCAAAAGAGAUCCAAUUCAUUUCAUGCUGACAAUGUUUUUGCGGCUCUUCUGAAAUAGGGAUCAAGGAAUGUGCUUUUUUGAUCAAUACUUAGUACUGCGAAAUCACAGAAGGUUGAAGAAACUAUUUUGUGUUCAUUAUAGAAAAUUAUCAAAAUAAUGUUUUUCACAGAAAAAUGAUGUUUGAGAAGAGCAACUUUAAAUGAAUUAAUUUUGUUUAGAGUAAUUUUCAUUAAUCCCUGGUUGGUAAAA